AUGUCCGAAAGAUUUGACACGUCAGAGGCUACUGAUACCAAAGACACGAUUGAUAGUCACGGACAGGGCACUACUCAUAAAAGUAAUCCUACAGCUUUUACAUCACAAAUAUAUCCUGAGUCAAGUAACCCUUUGAGAGAACUGCGGCCAAAGAGACCUCGGCUGGAUGUGCCGAGUAAUACAGACAUUCCGGCUCACAUCAUCGAUGAUUUGUACGUGAGACUCGACAAAAUUAAUGGCGUUCUGUCCAAAGUCUUGAAGAAUGUGUCUCCUAAGGGAGCAGUGCCCACUGUAAAAUUAGCUGCGGUGCCCACGGUUGACAAUUCAGUCAAUCCCACACUUACUUGUUCCCGUUUUCCAUCCUUGGAUAGGAUAAUCCGUGAGUGUAUUGUCAAGGACAAUAUCUACGAAAAGUAUGACAACACCAAGACUUUACGUUAUGUACCAAACUGGUAUCUUCUCAAGCCCACCAUUGAAUACAUUCUAAGCCAAGAAGAAGGAAAGGGCGUGUCCGCAGCCACUGUUCGCAGUAAAAUCGUGCGCCAUAUUUCCCAAAAGAAGGCAAAAGACAAGAAGUCUAAGGAACAGAAGCUAAAAGAUAAGCGACAUGCAUGUUCUCUCCAGAGAAAAACUCAGGUAAUACCAAAAUAUAGUUUGUGGAGGAUGUUUGCCAAAGAAGGAAAAUGGUCCUUACAGCCUAUUGGAAAUACUUUGUGGAUAAGUUUGGAGAGGGAGGUGAUAAGCUUCUCCACAAUGAUUACACCUCAGACUUUGAGUCUAAUGAUGAAGAUGAAGUUGGGGUUGAAGGAUCGUCCUCUCAAAAACGCUUCUUCUGGUAAUUUCGCCCAAGCUGGAGGAGUGAAGAGGUACUGUAAAAAAGCCAACAAUUUCAUCCAAGAUCUCGAUAGCCUUUACAGCUCCGUCGCUAAAAAAGGUAGCGCUGGCCCUAUGUCUCAUAAAAUUAAGGGGGAAAGGGAAAAAAAACUAUCAAAGGAGAAGAUGGAUAAGCUGCCUUCUUGGUCGAAAAAACAAUAA